GACUUUGACUGCCUCUCCACUCUCCUCUCUCCUCCGCGGUGUAGUUGCUAACUCAAUAAAAGAAAAGGAAAUUCUCCAAUUCAUUUCAUCAUCCAAUCAUUUUGCUCCACCUCUUCCAAUGCUCUGUUCGAUCCCGACUGGCAAGUCCGGUUCAAACUGGCUGGACCGGCUCCGCUCCAACAAAGGCUUCCCGGCCGCCGACGAUCUCGACCUCGACCGUUUCCUCACCAACCACCACAAUUCCUUUUCCGAUUCUCCACUUGCCAAUCCCUCUAAUUCCUUAAUAAACUCCAACUCCGAGUCGACCCAGUCUGAUAAUAAACGAGUCACCGCUCAUAGUAGCCACGCCGCGGAGACUUCAAGCGAGAGUGGAGACAAGCAAUGGUUCGGUGCAAUGACCAAUGUUCUCUGCGACCUUUUCAACAUGGGGGAACUCAACGAGAAAAUUUCGAGAUUUUCUGGGAAAAAAAGUGCCAGGAAACAAACAAACCCUAAGUUUUGCGACGUGUCUACUCCGACUUCUGCAAAUGACAUCGACUCCAUCGGAAAAGACGAAUAUGUCCAGGCCGCAACGGUGUCGUUGCACUCUGAUAAUAAUUCGAAUAUUGGGGCAAAUGCGAAUUGGGAUGACGAUGUGGAUGAGGAGAAGGAGAAAGCCAGUGGUGGAGGUAGCGGCGGUAGUGAUAGAGAGCUAAAAGGGUACUCGAGAAGUGAAGUGACAGUUAUCGAUACGAGCUUUGAGGUGUGGAAGUUUGACAAGUUGGUGUUUAGGAGGAAGAAUAUAUGGAAAGUUCGAGACAAGAAAGGAAAGUCGUGGGGUGUUGGCACCAAGAAAAGGAAGGGAAAUCACUUAGAAUCUGGAAAUGGAGAUGUGGGUUCAAAGAAGAAAGCGAAAACUUCCCACUCCGAGUUCGGCUCAUCGAAGGACUCCAAUGGAGGGGACUUAUUAUUGCCGUCUAAUGAUGGUCAGAAGCCACAAGAUGAGAAAACAGAAGUUUGUAAAGAUUCACUGGAUGAUCAUUUCCAAGUUCCUAAAAGAAGAUCACCCAAGAAACUGAAAAAGAAUGGCUCAUCUGUUGUUCUUAUAAAAGCUAUACCUACAAGCAAGAAGUGUGGGAGGAGCCUUCACAAGAAUCAUCUCAAUGACUUUCAGAGGCAAUACAAGGCUUAAUAAAUUACUUGUUAACAGAGUUUUCAUAUUGAAAGCAGAAGUAUGCAAUACUAUCCUUUUCCUGGUUACCAUUGCACUGGCUCUGGCAUUUUUUUUCUUUGGGGGUCUACAAUUUACCCAGAAGAGUAAAAAUUGGAGCGGAAAGCGCCACAAACUUAUCGACAUGAUUCUGAUUCAAUAAUUGAUUGCCUUAUCUUGCUAGCAUUUGUAACUUUUUUUUUUUUUGGGUUAAAUCUCAUCCAUUUAAGGCUUUGUAUGACAUUAUUAUUAGAGUUGUUGUCCAGAAAAUUAUCUUUUUUAAAUAUGCUAGUUAGUGGAAAAUUAAAUUUAAUAUGUUUUAAUCAUAAGAAUUUCAAAACAAUUCAACGGAUUUUUUAUCCUCAGUUUAAUUUCUACUUCACCCCUUUGGGUCA